AUGGUCGACUCGGACACGGAGAUUGAGCUCGCCAUCGACCCGGCACCAGCUUCGGCACCGGCACCGGCGUUCGCCGCGCCCGCGGCACCCGUAUCGGACCUGGACCUGAUCGCGCAGAUGGUCUCGAGCGGCGAGGUCGUCGGCGCGUUGCCCCCGGUGUCGAUGAGCGCGGCGGAGAAGCGCGCGCAGGUGGAGGCGAGCCGCUCAGUGCCGCAGUACACUGGCGACGAGAGCUCGUCCGAGGAGGAAUCGAGCGACGAGGACGAGGACGAUGACGAGUACAAGAAGCCCGACGCCACGCCCAUGACGGCCGAGCAGCACGCCAGCAUGAAGAAGGAGCUCGAGGAGUUCACGGGCGAGCCUGCCCCCGCGCCUUCGGCAGCGACGGCGUCCGUGCUCGACAAGCUUGGCGGGUUCGAGUUCGUCACGGAUUCCGAAGAGGAAGAGGACGACGACGAUGACGAGGUCGACAUGGACGACUUUGACUUUGAUGCGCCGGUCGAGGAUGAUGGGGAGCCGGGGGCGAUCAUGAGUGCCCACGAACAGGCUCUCCCGCCCGUCCCGCAGCCACCCUUAGAGCACAUCCCCGCGACCGUACCGCUCGUGCUCGCUGGCGACGUCGUGAGCUGGAUGAAGGAGCGCGGUGUGGAGGCGUGGCUUGAGAAGCAGAAGGCCGCGGGCGAGGCCGAGGGGGCGAUCAAGGCCGAGUCUGCUGGCGAGAACGUCGAGAUCAAGUCGGAGGCUGCUGCAGCCGGCGACGUCGAGGUCAAGCCUGAGCCCGCCACAGAGGCAGGAGAGGUCACGGAGACCAAGCCCACCACCGAGGCCACCGAGUCCAAGCCCGAACCUGCUGCCGAUGCCGCCGCACCCGCCAUCCCCAAGUUCAACUCGUCCGGCACGAUCAUCAUCCGCGCAAUGCAAGCGCCCGGCACCGGCUGGCUCGAGUCUGGCUCAGUCCUCACCACAGCCGACGGGCACAUUCUCGGCGCGGUACACGACACGUUCGGGCCACUCACGUCGCCGUUUUAUUCCGUCCGUCUUCCUCCCCCUCCCUUCCCCUACCCCUCCCUCGAAGCAGGGGACAAGGUCUUCUUCCCGCAGUCGGCCGACUACCGCACCUUUGUCGACAUGCACGCCGUGCGCGACCCGCGCUUCCGGUCGGACGCGAGUAACAUCUACGACGAGGAGGUGGGCGACGACGAGGUCGAGUGGAGCGACGACGAGGCGGAGCGCGCCGCCAAGAACAGGCGCAAGAAGAAGGGCAAGCGCGCUGGCUCGCGCGUGCCCGGCACGCCCGGGUCAGUGCAGCAUCCGCUGCCGCCCCGUCCACACUUCGACUACGCAGGCAACGACGACGACAGCGUGAGCCUGCACGGCGACGGCGCGGACAGGUGGGACGAGGUGAGCGAUGCAGGCAGCACCGCGAGCCAGCGCCACGCGGUCGUGUACGACGACGACGUGCCCUCUGGCUAUGGCGCACAGCGGCCCCAGCGCGGCCGGGGGCGCGGGCGCGGUGGUCCCCGAGGAGGAGGCGGAGGUGGAGGGCGCGGACAGGGGCGUGCGACGGGCGGCGGACGGCCGGUGCACGCGCUCCCCCAGCGUCCCGGACAGUGGGGCCAAACGGCGCCGAUGGGCGGGUUCGGCGGCGCCAUGCCCAUGCAGCAGCAGGGCGGCUUCCAGCAGCAGGCAGGCUUCUGGCCCCAGCAGCAACAGCCCCAGUUCCAGCCCCAGUUCCAGCAGUACAACCCCGCCGGGUACAACCCGUCCCAGCCCGGCAUGGGCAUCCCCGGUUUCGCGCCGCAGGGCCAGGACGGCAGCGGCAACGCGCCGGCCAUCAACCCCCGCUUUGCGGCACAGUACCAGCAGAUGAUGGGCGGAUACUGGCCCCAGCAGCAGCAGCAGCAGGGUGGAGGAGGCCAGUACGGCGGCGGCUAUCCAUCCGGCCAGGGCCCGUACGACGGCCAGCACCAGCAGCAAUAG